AAAAACUUAUUUCAGAAUUAACAUCCAACACCUCUGAACAAAACACAGAUACGAUAACUUCUUACCCAGUAACAGCUACCGAAACCAACCCACAGCCUAUUGACUUUCUAAAUUUAUAUACUAAAAUUACCUCUGCCGAAUGUGAUAUUCAGAAACCAAACCAGAAUGUUAUUAUUCAAUACUAUAAUUUUGGGAUAGGUAUAGCAAAACGUUUUAAGUUCUAUUAUGAAAAAACAUACAAUAUAAAUGAUGCUAAUAGUGAGGUUAAAAAAGAAAUCGAAAAACAACUUCCCGAUGGCACUCCAGAAACUACUAUUCGGAAGAGAAAAGAGAGGGCAUAA